GUGAGAAACAUUUCACCGAAAAUGUCCAAAUUAACUCGGACCGAAGAAUUCAAGUUCGGUUACCAUUUAAACAAAAUCCUAAUUGUUUAGGUGAGUCUUUCGAAAUUAGUAAACGAAGAUCCCACUUUAAAAUCUAUGUAUGUCGAUUUUGUGAACGAAUAUUUGGCACUUGGUCAUAUGUCGCUCUAUAAUCGUCCUCUUUCGCAUCCACAUUACAUAAUACCUCAUCAUUGUGUUCUCAAGCCUGAGAGUACAACAACAAAGCUUCGUGUCGUUUUCGAUGGGUCAGCUCGCACAACUUCGAAUCAUUCCUUGAAUGAUAUACUCAUGGUUGGCCCAACUAUACAACAAGAUUUAGUUACCACACUCUUUUCGUUUCGUUUGAAUAGAUUUGCUCUCACUGCAGACAUAUCUAAAAUGUACCGCCAAUUUUUAGUCGAUGAACGUGAUCGUAAAUUUCAAUUGGUUCUUUGGAGAUCCAAUUCAAAAGACAAACUAUGCGUGUUUCAACUAAACACCGUUACGUAUGGGCUCUCAGCAGCACCGUUUUUGGCUAUUCGAAGUUUGUUUUUUAUCGCCGAUCAGCACAGUUCAACUUUUCCCAUUGGUUCAAAGGUACUUCGUGAGGAUUUAUACGUAGAUGAUGUUCUCACUGGCUCUGAUAGUCUCGAAAUCUUAGAACUCAAGAAAUCUGAAAUGAUUAAAAUUCUCAGUAUUCAUGGUCUUCAGCUCGCAAAGUGGAAUAGCAAUUGUCCAGACUUCGUAACCAACAACGACGAAGAAGUUGCCAUUAAAACCACUGAAGAAAAUAUUACAAAAACACUUGGAAUGUCCUGGAAUCCUACUCAGGAUAUAUUUUUGUUUCGCUUUAACUUGCCCGAUGUAAGUAAUCCCACAAAACGUUCAAUUUUAUCGAUAGUAGCAAAAAUUUUCGAUUUGCUUGGUCUCUUGAGCCCUAUUGUAGUUCGUUGUAAAAUGCUGCUCCAAGAGAUGUGGGUCCAGAACAUUGGUUGGGAUGAUCCCCUCAACAAUAGUUUGACAUUGAUGUGGCUCCAAAUUAAAGCAGAUUUGGAACAUAUUCAUGAAAUCACAAUACCUCGAUAUGUUUUUACUUCGGAAAACAUACUCGGCGAAAUACAUGGCUUCGCCGACGCUUCGCAACGCGCAUUUGGAUGCUGUAUUUACUAUCGCGUCUUAGAAAAUGGUUCUUAUAAAACUACCUUGUUAAUCGCCAAAUCGAAGGUGGCUCCAAUAAAAGCACAGUCUUUACCUCGUCUCGAACUAUGCGCGUGCGUAUUACUUAGUAGAACUUGGUCAAAAAUAAAACCAAAAAUCGGAAAAUUUGUAUCUUCUAUAUUCUUUUGGACGGAUUCUAAAAUUGUUUUGCAAUGGCUCAAGAUACAUUCAUCAACCCUUAAUUGUUUUGUAGCAAAUCGUGUCUCAGAGUUACAAGAACAAGCUCAAGACGUUAUAUGGCGGCAUGUGCCAUCAAAAAGUAAUCCAGCCGAUAUUGUGUCUCGUGGUUGUAGCGCUACAGACUUGCCUAGUACAAUUUGGUUUAAUGGUCCCAAAUUUAUUUUCGAAGAUGUUAGUAACUGGCCCGCAAACAUAACUGAUGAAUCCGAUGAAAUUUUGGAAAGAAGAAAAACGGCUCUUAAAUGCACUACAAAUGACAUCACCGAGUCCGUCAUAGAUGAAAUUAUAGGUAAGCAUUCGUCAUACUAUAAAAUUCUUCGGAUACUUACAUACAUUUUUCGAAUUUGUAAUAGGUGCAAGGUAGACCCUUUGUUGAAAGCCAAUAACAUCAUUCAUCUCCCACCCCAGGAGUUGGAGAACACAUUUUGGAAAUUAGUAGCACAUAUACAAAGUAAAAACUUCGUCGUGGAGUUAAACGCCAUUUUAAACAAUAAUUUGGUACAACCGUCCUUGCAAAAACUGGCUCCAUUUGUACAUCAAAUGGAAACUGACAACAAAACUAUUAAUUUGAUUCGAGUGGGUGGAAGAUUAUCGAAAGCUCCAAUCCCAUAUGAUGCUCGCUUUCCCGCUUUAUUGCCGAAAAAUCAUCGCUUUGUAAAGCUAUACAUUGAGCAUUUACAUCGUCUUCACUUACAUGCUGGUCCCAAAGUAUUGCUUGGAAUACUUCGUCAAAAAAUAUGGAUAAUUAACGCCAGAGAAGUAGUUCGAAAAGUGGUUCGCAAUUGUGUCCAUUGCUUCCACUACAAACCAAAGUUGAUUGGACAAAUAAUGGGCAACUUACCAGUUGAUCGCCUAAGAGCUCAACGACCAUUUUUGGUCAGUGGAGUCGAUUUUUGUGGCCCAUUCUUAACUUCGUAUCGUAUUCGUGGAAAGGUACCUUAUAAAACUUACGUCGCAGUUUUUGUGUGCUUUAGCUCAAAGGCAACUCACUUGGAGCUCGUUUCCGAUUUGUCCACAAACAAUUUUAUACUUUGUUUAAAUCGCUUUGUUAGUCGACGUGGCCUACCGCAACGCAUUUUUUGCGAUAACGCGACAAAUUUUACAGGUGCCCACAAUAAACUCAAAGAGUUAAAAGAUAAAUUGCUCUCUAAUAAAAUCGUAUCAGAAAUCAAGACGCAUUGUACUCAAAAUGGCUUCGAAUUUUGUUUCAUCCCUCCUCGUGCCCCACAUUUUGGUGGAUUGUGGGAGGCCGCUGUUAAAUCUGCUAAAACCCUAUUAGUAAAAAAUCUUGCUCAAGCUCGCCUUACAUUUGAAGAACUACAAACUUUAAUUGUCGAAAUAGAAGCUAUAUUGAACUCUCGUCCUAUAGCUCCAAUGUCAGAUGACCCUAAUGAUGGAGAAGCACUUACUCCCGGUCAUCUGCUAAUUGGUUCAUCGUUGGUGUCCAUACCUCAGGAAACUUUUGAUUCUUCAAAGUUAUCCGCAUUAAAUCGAUGGCAACAAAUUUCGUAUCUCAAAAAUCAAUUUUGGCAACUGUGGUCCCGAGAUUAUCUUUUAUCGCUACAACAACGUUCGAAAUGGUCUAAAACACAACCAAAUAUCAAUAUUGGACAACUAGUCAUUAUCCAUGAAGAUAAUACUCCACCACAGAAUUGGCUCCUUGCAAGAGUCACAAAAACAAUUUUUGGUACUGAUGGACAUGUACGAGUAGUCGAAUUAAAAUCUGCUAAUGGUUUUUGUCGGCGACCUAUACACAAGGUGGCCCCUUUACCUAAUUUAUAG